GAACCAAUAAAAGCUCUCAGUUGAGCUGCGUCACUCGUCCUAGCAACUGCGGGCAGAUUCUUUCUUGCCUAGAGCUAGGCACAGAGUUUGCGUUGGUACCCUCGGGCGAUCGGAGAGCAAACUGCUUUCUCGGCAUGAGGUGCGCGAGCUCAGCUGCCGUGGUUGCCUUCUGCGCCGGGCUGUGGGUCUCAAACCCGGCGCUGGCGCAAGGCCAGCAGCCCGCCGGACGGCCGGGGUCUGGCUGUGAAGUGUGCACAGAAUUCUUGAACAGAUUCUACAACUCCUUGAUAGCCAGAGGAGUUAACUUUUCCCUGGACACCAUAGAAAAAGAAUUGAUCAACUUUUGCUUAGAUGCCAAAGGAAAAGAAAGCCGUCUGUGCUAUUAUCUAGGAGCCACAAAAGAUGCAGCCACCAAGAUUCUAAGUGAAGUCAUCCGCCCCAUGAGUGUGCAUGUGCCUAUCAUGAAGAUUUGUGAGAAGCUGAAGAAGAUGGACAGCCAGAUCUGUGAGCUGAAAUAUGAGAAGCAGCUGGACUUGGCUUCCGUGGACCUUUGGAAGAUGAGAGUAGCAGAGCUGAAGCAGAUACUGCAAAGCUGGGGGGAAGAGUGCAGGGCGUGUGCGGAGAAAACGGACUACGUGAAUCUGAUCAGGGAACUGACCCCCAAGUAUGCACCGAGGCACCCCAGGACAGAUCUGUGACUUGGCUGCUGGGCCACUGUGGAUUUUAACUAGAGAAAGUAUGAUGCUGUAGGCAUGUUGGGUGAGCAUGAACCAGGAAGUGCACUGUUCUGGGUCUCAGAUUCUCAUCUCAAUACUGUACCUCAGAAUUUUGUUAGGUUUACGAGUAAAAUGACAAAUAUUAGGUUUAGAGUGCUAAAACCUAAAGUGCCUUUCUCCUAAUUUUCUUAUACGGACUAUGUAAGUGCUGCCUAACUCCUAAAAUGGAGGAAAGUGAGUUGCUAAAAGUUGACAGAAUAAGCCAGUUCUAAGAGUUAAGACCACGUACAUAAGCUCCUUGUUUGCACAGUUUUAAAAUUAUAUUAGGCAAGGACAAAAGAAACAAUAGUAGUAGCUUAUUUAAAUAAUUACUUAACGUAAUAAAACAGUUGAUUUUUUAAAACUAAAUUUUUGCCAGGCGUGGUGGUGUAUACUUGUAAUCCUAGCAUUUGGGAGGCUGAGGCAGGAGGAUCACAAAUUGAAACAAUUUAGUGACUUAGUUGUUGGGAGCCAUUGAAGCUGGAAAUUGACCACAUGUGCAAGGCUGAAGCAUGACCAUCCCAAGAACAGAGUGCCUGGGGCAAGCCACUCCAAGUAGCUGCUUCAGCCCAGAGAACACCCAGCCCUAAGACAAUCUGAAGAGUAGGUUUGCUAGGACAACAGGGUGUCCUGUGACACUAAGUUGCUGAAAGGUAUGAUAAACACCCUUGCAAUGAGAGGCCAGUUCCUUUCCUCCAUCAGGAGAGUAAGGCUCCACCUGACCCCAGCUGUAUCUCUUCUUUAUUUUUUCGGCCUCUCAUGGUCCUUCCUUCAAGAAUCUCAAGAGCCUCAUGGGUUGCAGCACUUAUCAAGGCCCUGUCUCAAAAAAUAAUAAGGGCUAGGGAUGUGGCUCAGCGCAAAGGCCCUGUGUGAAUCUCUAGUACUCAAAAUAAAUGAAAUGAAGUGAAAUAGGCUAAGGAAGCCAUGGUGAAGGGUUCUCUUUGGGUGGCAGGGAUGCCCCAGAGCAGUGUUCCCUUGGAACUUUCUGGAGUGGUAGGAAUGCCUUACAUCUGAGUGGGAUGGUGACAAAUGCAAUUAUCAUACUCACCCAGGAGUACAAUAAAGAGCUGAAAUGUAAAUCAUAUGUAAAGUUGUUGGAAAAUGGAGUCAGAAUGCCUCGUUUGUUUAAAGGAUCGUAUGCACUGCCAAAAGUCCAUGUCAGGAGUGGAGAAAACUGUUCAGACUAUAAGCAUACACUGAAAGUGCUGUAUAAUGUUCACUUUUAGCAGGGAGUUGUGGCACACGCUUGUGGUCCCAGCCCUGGGGAGGCUGAGACAGAAGGAUUGUGAGUUUGAGGCCAGCAUGGUUAAUUUAGAGAAAACCUGUCUCAAAGAAAGUAGAAGAAGAGAAAUGGGAAGAAAAGAAAAGAAAAAAGAAAAGAGAAGAAAAUGUAGUUUAUGUUUCAUUGCUAGAGAGGUGAAUGAAUUUUCAACUGGGAAGUUAGGAUGUAACCAAACUUGUCAGAAAAUUAGUGGUCCGAAGGAGAUAAUGUAUUGUGCAGAAUGGAACUAAAAACAUGAAUAAAAAGUUUUGCUGUAAGAGCAGUGGCCAAAGUGGUUGUUGUUCAUGAAUUCUGUUCCCUUGGUCACCAUGGGUAAAGCACCCACUUUAUUUUGAAUUGUAUCUUUAAAAAGCCCAAAAUUAGUUUUUUUUCUUAAACUUUAUGUAACCUAUUUUUAUUUUUACAUUUUAAAUGUAAUUUAAAAUAUAUUUUCACAUUUUAAAUGUAAUUUAAAAUAUAUUUUUACAUUUCAAAUGUCACUUGAAAAUAAUAGGCCUGAUCUCAAAAUUGGGUCAUAUUUCUGUGUCAUUUUUUGGUUUAUAUGUAACUAGGUAAUGGGAAUACUGCCCGAGGUCAUUCAAAUCAGUGAGGUAUAUUCUGGUUCUUCAAAGAGAAUUUACAUCAGUGCUUCUCAAACUUCUUAAUUUGUACAUAUACAUCAAAGGGGAAGGUGGGGGCUGCAAACAAUGUAGGUCUGACUAGGUGGGUGUGGGGGAUCUGGGCGUCACCAUUCCUAACAAGGCCCCGGGAGAUGCCUGUGCUGCUGUUCCAAGAGUUGCACUGUAAGCAGUAAGGCCGUGGGUCCUGUGAUAGAAUUUGGCCUUUGUCAGUCUGUCUGUUACGUUUUGUAUAGAGGUGAAUAUAGCAACAAAAAUGCACAAGAGCUUAUUCUUCCAUGCAGGCAGGCAGCUCACAGAGGUAGGUUGUCCCCCAUGAACCUGGCAACUCCCCGAAGCCAUUCAGGACUCAGUAUCACCUCUCUGCCUCCCGUCCUGUAGGCAGGUUUCAUUCAAGUUGGCUGCUGGAAUUCCUGUAAAGUGUGUACCACCACGCCUGGAUGGCCACUGUUUCACAAUGCGUUUGAAAUAAAACAAAAAAUUUUCUUA